AUGUCUUCAGGUUCUGAUGAUGAUGAUGAAGAUUCUUCCCAAGGUGAAAAUUGGGAAGAUUUAGAACAAAAAGCUGAAAGAGAUGAUAAAAUGAAAACUUUCGAUGUAACAAAUAAAAGAAAAAGAGAUGAAAAAUCUGUUAGUAGUAGCAAUAGACCAUCCUCUUCAAAAUCAGGUAGUAGUAGUAGUAGUAGUGGUGGUGGUGGUGGUGGUGGUGGUGGUGGUGGUGGUGGUGGUGGUGGUGGUGGUGGUUCAAUUAGAUCAAAAUCUUCAUCUUCAUCUUCAAAAGGUUCAUCAUCCUCUUCCUCAAAAUCAUCUUCAUCAAAAAGAAAAUAG